AUGAUGUCUAUUAAUCCUUUAUCUCUAAGUUUAUUACUUUUUGUAUCAUUAUAUACUGUUAAUACAUUUGGCUUCACGAAAACAAUAGAUUUAAAUUUAUCUUGGAAUAACUGUGGACCAAGUUCAGAUUCAAUUCAAUUACAAAGUCUUUCCAUUACUCCUGAUCCAAUUCGUAUACCAGGAGGUUUUAAUAUAACCGGUUCUGCCAGUGUAGCAUUAGAAAUUCCAACAGAUGUUCAUGUCACAGUUUUACUUGAACGUAAAGUGGGUCCAUUUUUUGUAAAAGUUCCAUGUGUUGAUAAUUUUGGUUCAUGUAAUUAUGG